AGAGCGUCGCUCCCCAGCUCGAAUGCCCGGCGGCCUUGGCGGCUAGAGCGUCGCUGCUCAGCUCUAAUGCCCGGCGGCUGAGGCGGCUAGAGCGUCGCCUUCUCUCGGGGAACCGCGUGUGACCUUCCAGCCCGCGGACCGAUGCUGCCGGCGGCCGCUCGCCCCCUCUGGGGGCCGUGCCUUGGGCUUCGGGCUGCUGCGUUCCGCGUCGCCAGGCAGCAGGUGCCAUGUGUCUGUGCCGUGCGACAUGUGAGAAGCAGCAGCCAUCGGAGGGGUGAGGCUCUUGCUGGUGCACCCCUGGAUAACGCCCCGAAGGAGUACCCCCCCAAGAUUCAGCAGCUGGUCCAGGACAUCGCCAGCCUCACUCUCCUGGAGAUCUCAGACCUCAACGAGCUCCUGAAGAAAACGUUGAAGAUCCAGGAUGUGGGGCUUGUGCCGAUGAGUGGUGUGAUGCCUGGGGCUGUCCCUGCUGCAGCAGCCCAGGAGGUGGUGGAAGAAGAAAUCCCCAAACUGAAAGAACAGACACAUUUCACUGUCCGCCUGACCGAGGCCAAUCCUGUGGACAAAGUGAAGCUGAUCAAGGAGAUCAAGAACUACAUCCAGGGCAUCAACCUCGUCCAGGCAAAGAAGCUGGUGGAGUCCCUGCCCCAGGAAAUCAAAGCCAAUGUCGCCAAAGCCGAGGCAGAGAAGAUCAAGGCAGCCCUGGAAGCGGUGGGCGGCACCGUGGUUCUGGAGUAGUCUCCAGUGCUGAGGACUUGUGUUCAGGGGUCCCUGGGACCGGGUGAGGCCCCGCCCUCCUGUGGCCACUGGCCGCACCCCCAGCACCAGGCACCCAGAGGAGCAGUUUGGGAGUGAGAGCCGCGUGCGCCACGCAGCAAGGCCAGACAGGCCACACAGACCUGUGGCGGGGAGGGAGGGACGGCUGCUGCCUGGUGAGGGCACUGGGAGGCCCACCAGGAGGUGCCACUGGUGAAUGUGCCUCUGGUGGCCGCUGAGAAUACACUGUGCAGCUGAGUG